AUGCGCGUCGACGCGGGCAACGGCUAUUUGCUCAACUUCGCGACGAUGACCCAGCGCGGCCACUACCCGUCGGACCCCGACAAGCGGAACCAGGACGCGUACUUUGUAAAGACGGACUGGCUCGGCCAGGGCACGCACCUCUUCGCCGUCUUCGACGGCCACGGCCCCCACGGCACGGAGUGCGCGGAGUUCGCGCGGGACAACGUGCCCGCGCUGCUCCAGCAGUCGCUGAAGAUCAACGGCACCGCCGACGAGGCCGCGGUCCGCGAGUCCUUCCGGGACGCGCACGUCGUCACGAACGAGCGCCUGUCGACGUCGGGCAUCGACGACAUGUACAGCGGCACGACGGCGAUAUCUGUCUUCUGCGACCGGGGCACGCUCUACGUGAGCAACGUGGGCGAUUCGCGGACGAUGCUCGGCACGGCGACAGAGGACGGCGGCGUCGGCUGCGAGGCGCUGAGCUUCGACCACACGCCCUACCGGUCCGACGAGCGCGAGCGCGUCAAGCAGCAGGGGGCCCGGGUCCUGAGCUUCGACCAGGUCGACGACGUCGGCGACCCGCCGCGCGUCUGGGACGACUCGCUGGAGACGCCGGGCACGGCGUUCACGCGGUCCAUCGGCGACUCCGUCGCCGAGACCUUGGGCAUCUUCGCGGAGCCCGAGGUCUUCACGCACGACCUCAAGCCCUCGGACCGCGUGAUCAUCGUCGCGUCCGACGGCGUCUUCGAGUUCCUGACCAUGAAGCAGUGCGUCGAGAUCGCCAUGCUCUACGACGACCCGGAGCAGGCCGCGCGCGCGCUCGUCGGCGAGGCCUACAAGAUGUGGAUCACGCGCGAGCUCCGGUCCGACGACAUCACCAUCGUCGUC